ACCGGAAGUGUUCAUUAUCGAGUCUUGCUGCAGUGCGGACCUCCCGCGGGGCUUCACAUUAAAAGCACCCACUUUGACGUCUCAAGGAACGGGAGCGUCUCGGCGUCUCUCCCUGCGGCUGCCCGUCACAAGGUUAAAUAUUUGCAAAGAGGCACAGGUCAGAUAUGUGACAGCGAGGCACAUGUUUUAGACUCAAAGUUAGCUUGCUAAUUGCGAGAAAAAGAGGAACACGUAUCCCGGGAGAAGGUCAGCAAACCGUGUGACUUGAGCCCGCAGGGAACUUUCGCUUCUCCGUCGACUUUUCUGUGCUGCGUGUUUGUGGAAACGCCGCUUGUUUGCGCUGAAACGCAGUGGUUAGGAGGACCCACAUUGAAGUUUCAAUCUGGUUAACUUUCAAUAACAUUAUAGUUUUGUUGCAACAAAAAAUUGCGCAACUGUUUUUAUUUAUUUUUUGCCUCCUUGGUAGCGGCGGUUGUUGUUGGGUCCCGUGUGAACAGCUGACUCACGGACUGUAGGCUGGGCGGCACCGCGACAUGGCGGUGUUUGAGCCCGUAGCCUACUCUUCCUCCCCUGCGGAGUAGAUCAAAGGUACUCGCUGAUACCCUCCUGGGGGCUGACCCUUCACCGAGUCAAGAUGAUCGGGUCACCGGACCUGCUGGCCUUCACCAGCACGGAAGGCUUUGGGGGAGAGGAAGACGAGCAGGAGGCUCAGGGUCUACCUGAAGAGCUCUCUGUCCCUCGCUUCCCCUCUUCUCAUCCCUGGAGCACAGCAGCACAGUUUCACAGAGACUUCAUAUUGGUGGCUGAGUUCUCAGAGCAGGUGGGUCCAUCUCCUGUGCUGACAAUACCGGAGGACUCCAGAGUCCUCGGGUCAUUUGACCUCAACCACUUCUCUGUUCGCAUCAUGUCUGUGGAUUACCAAGCGUCUGGCCCCGGCCACACCCCUCCAUCCUCUCCCGGCCCCCGACUCAACUUCAGCGAGGACUCCAAAGUAAUCCUGGGAGAUUCAGCAGAGAAUGCGUUUGCAUAUGUUCAUCACCUGACGCUGUACGACUUGGAGGCUCGGGGGAUGGUGCGCCCUUUCUGCAUGGCCUACGUGUGCUCGGACCAGGUGAAGCUGAUGGACAACUUUUCUGAGCUAUCGACACGCUUCGCUGAGGCAGCUGAAAGCCUCAAGACGGGAAACAGACAAGCAUUUUCUAUUGAGCUGCAGAGAAAACUACAGGAGCUCGAGUACAGGCGGCUGACCCUUCGUAAGGACGCAGAACGUCAGACAACGGUAAAUGUGUUGACAGAAUCUGAAGGAGAAAGUGAAGAGCUCGAAGCUGUGGAGCGUUCAGUCUUAAAUCACAGAGAGCUCCUUCGUCAGGUCGCAUCUUACCCAAACAGGAAGCUCAAACAGCCCGACUUCUUGCCCUAUGACCCAGCCACCUCUCUCACGGAUCCAUUGCUGUUGCCACCUUUUGAGCCAUGCUUCUCGUUCUCCACCCCCUCCUGCAAGUCAGAGCACCACCUGAAGCCACUGGAGGAGCUUUGCAACGAAUACUACCUGUCUCUUACGAAGGACCGGCUCAAAGACACAGAGCGACGUCUCCGUGGUGACAGAAGUGUCCUGCGAACUACUUAUGCCACACAAUCAUUGUCCAGGAGACUAACACUCACCAACUUCCUGUUUGAGCUAUGGAGCCCGGACGAUGCUGAUGAAGAGGGCACUGAGGUGGAGCUGCCGAAGGACAUGGGGAGUAAGAGGACUGGCGGGGCGUUUCAGCCAGAACCACCAAGCAUGGAGUCGUUCUUCUCCUGUGUGGAGGAGAUCCCAAUCAAACUGGAGGCAGCAGAAGCACAUACACUGACCCCUGGUCCUGGUCCUGGCACAGAGAUGACGGGGAGUGUAAGCAGCAGUGACAGCAUCGAAGUGCUCGGAACUGAGAAGUCGUACAUGACGCAGCAUGUCGCCGACAGCAGAGACACACCAGUCGGAAUGACAGAGAGUUGCAGCAGGCGUGCAGCAGUAGACACUGGCAUCAGACACCCGCGAGCUUAUGCAAAGCGUGCCAACAGCGAGGACAGCAUUGAAGUGCUCAGCACCACAGAAUCCAUCCUUACCGAAGACCUCACCGCCAUCACAGAGGAGGAAGCAGAGCUGCAGCCUCUUAGCAACGGCUUUGAGAAUGAAGAACUACUACAGAUGGUGGAUAAGUCUUACAAAGUCCUCCAAGAAGAAGAGACACUGAAUGCACCUGCUGCAGUAGGCGAGGAUGAAAAUGAUGGGCCUGAUGAGGAAGAUCAGUGUUGCGUUGAAAGUGAAGAGCCUUUGGAGCAAACAAUGGUUACUGAUGACAUCAUGAUCAAAGAGCAGCCAGGCGCCAUAAAGAUGAAUCAGUUUCGCAAAGACAACAGUGAAGAGAAGACCUCCAAACUACUGCAAGCUGACGAAGCGAUGAAGCCCUCACCUGAGGUUCACCAGAAGGUGCUGCUGAUGCCCCAGGACAAUGCGAACUUUGCACCUGGUUCCUACAUGGCCGAGGUGGAUCGUUGGUCUUCCCCCCGCCCUCCCCUGAGGCUGCUGAGUGUUGAUGAGGAGUCAACACUCAGCAGCAUCAGUUUCACUGAAUCUUCAGAGCCCCCAUCCCCCAUUCAAAAUAUCCACAGCAACAUCUGCUGGGAUAAGAGGAGGAGGAGAAAGGCUGGACUCAGAGCCCUCAGGUUUAUCAAGCACAACUCGUUCUCCCAGCAUGCAGUGUUCUGUCUCCUGAGUGGCCGGCCACUGGUUGUCAUCGGAGGAGAUGAGAACCUAGUCAGGAAGACGGUGGAUGCUCUGACCCUCUUCCUGCCUGCUCCGGGUCCUCAUAGAAGUGCUGUGAAGAUGUGUUUGACCACGCCCCUUCAGCUGACUGACCUGGUCACCUGGAGACUGAUGGGAGUGUACAGAUCAUCCUCAGCUUCUUUUUCCACCAUCCUUCCUUCUCUGAGUCGCUACAGUCGUUAUGUGGCUCUGCUGGACCUCGACCAGAGGACGCUGCGGUGCCCGUCUUACUCUGGUUCUCUUCUCAGCAGACUGGCCAAUCCUCACACUGGUAUCACCCGGGGCAUCACCUACCUGCAGCAUCUGGAGAGCUGCCUUGCUGCGCUGGUCAAUCACGUACUGGUGCACACUUUUAUACCUCUUUUUAAAAAUCUAUGCGUUGCUAAAGAGAAGGGUAACACAGAAGAGGAUUCCUGGUGUGAACGAGGUGUGAGCGAAUGUGAUUUGAGAGUGAUGAGCUAUCUGUCUCAUCUCAUUAAACAGCGGUAUGCGGGACGUGGACCUCCAGUGUUAAGAUUUGCUUACAGCUCAGUGCAAAUGCACAGAAACACAAUGACAUCAUAGGCGUCCAGACGGAGAAAAAGAAACCCUGAAUGUUUAGAUGUUUCUCUAAUUUUUAGGUUUGAUCAACUGCUGCUGUGAACAUUUCGGUACAAAAAAAAUGUUUUUAUGUGCAGUGUUAAAUAUAGAUUUAGGUCACAUCGUUGCACUAGUGCCUCACUUGGCACCAAAACCCUUCCACAUGCUGGCAGCCUUAUCACUUAAUGACACAUGAACUUGUAAUUUAAGAAAACUGAGCCUUAUCUGAACACUGUGCAAUGUAAGCAAGCCUGUAACCUCUAGAGUACUGUUUACUAUAGAGUACAGCAGGACAUCCACAUGACAUGUAGGUCCAUUACAUCAUUACUUUGUAAAAACCUGUCACCCUGCCUUUAGCAUGUCUGAUAGUCACAAAUAACUGGCAGCCUAUAAUUAUUCUACGACUAUUAAUGACAAUGCGGCCCAUGCAGUAAACCUGCAGGUCUGUUGGAUGUCAAUGGGUUCUUGCUAAAGGUUAAACAGAAAGAUCAGUACCAUUUUGUUUGAACAGACAGGUAGUGCAUUACAUUGAAUCACCCAUCACCAAAAUCUCAAGUGAAGCAUUGGUGGAGAAGUGUGCACUGUUUUGUAAAAGCUGUGUGUGGUGUAAAGGUAUGUGUACUUUUAAAGCACUUUACAACUGAGUACUCGGGUGCUUUUUACUGCAAGCCUCAUUCAAACAAGCGCAUUUUUCUAUACUGGAGCCUUGUCACACAAUUGCACAAACACUGAGGGAUGCAGCAGGGGCAAAUGUUUAGUAUCUUGCCCAAGGAUAUUUGAUGUGCAGGCUGGAGAAGCCAGGGAGUGAACUGAUCACUAAUGUUUCUUGGCUGAAUUGAUAAUGGAUUUAUAGUGUUGGCAUUAUUAUGCCAAAAUGGUUAGCUUGCAUGAACACCAGAUAAUUACCUGUUUUUAUCCCUCGAUUAUGAAUUUGUAGGAUUUUUUUUUUUCCUUUUUCAAAUUAAGCAGAAACAGUCCAUAGCACUUACAAAUUUGUUUUGUUUUUUUUCUUUGUUUUUUUUAAAUUGAUAUGGUUCAGGUACCUCUUUUCCACUGUGGGCGCAGAUUCAAUUCUGCACCAGGAACCACGGAUUUCCUUAGAAUUAAAAAAAAAAAUAACGUUUUUGUAAAAAAAUCCUUACUUUUGUCUAUAAAAGUACACAUUACACCAUCAGUUACUGUGGUAACUAGAACUCCAUAAAAGCCCGUUAAUCCAACCGGGAUUUUUUUUUUUUUUUUGUAUACAGCACACGAUUUGAAACAAUAAAGUGCCUUUAUAAAAUGACAGAGCAACAACAUCCUUCUCUCUGACACUUGUACUGUUGUUUAUCUUGCUGUGGAGACAAUAAAAUCAUUUUGUAUUCAAGCAGCGAUUCAGCAAUCUAAUGCAUAAAACUGUCUUUUUAUUUAUAACUGUAACAUUAACAUUUUACGAACAUUAAAAAGGUGAAUCAAUA